UUCUGGUUUGAAAUCCUCUUCAAUAAUAAUUUUUUUUGCAAUCAGUGAUGAAAAUUCGUAUAUUUCUUAUUGUUUUAUCUAAUUUUACUUAUUCAGUUUUAUGUAAUUUUACAGUAUUUGAUGAGAUUUUAGAUCCAUCUAUUGUUGUUUCAAGACAAAAGAGGCAAAUAAAUGAGUACACCCGAUGGAAGGCAUCUGCAGAUGAAACUACUACAGAGUUCAUAGUGAAGGUUCUGGACGAGGACGCCGCCUCUAAAAACGCACCGCCCGCCCCCCGGGGGAGCCCCGAGGUUGAUGAGAUACAACCAGCAGACACCCGGGAGCCUGGCGCUACUGAAGCAGCCGAAGUUGUCAACGAGUACACGAGAUUUGCGCCCCUGACUCGUGGUUCUACCGUCAUGCCAGACGCUUCAGGUACUCCAGCGAUGAACCUGCCGCAGUACCCUGCAGGUGAGGCGGAAGCUCCACACAUACCUCCGCGUGGGGGGCCUCCCGCCGGCCCCGCACCUCUCCCCGACCCCGCGCCCCCCGCGCACGGGGGCAUCGUCUUCAACAAGCCUGCCAACAUCCAGCAACAACCCAUAGACACUAUACAGAGUAUAUUGGAUCAUUAUAGACCUAAAACAUUUAGUAGACAACCAAUAACAUCACAUACGCCAGAUACGUUUGGCGCACAACGAAGUACAACGCAAGGUCUACCAACAAGAGUAGAACAGGCUGCUUCGUUGGAAAUUGAUGGAGAAGAAUUGAAAAAUUUGCUUAAUUAUAAACUUGCAGACAAAAUUAACAGCGCCGACGAAAUUAAACCAUACGAUGCACCAGAACAUUAUCACACAGACUAUCAUUAUGAUGCAAAUGUGAACAAACUUGGGUUUGAUAUGAGUCCAGUAACAGUUGGUGAUUCAGAUGUCAAUAAAAAGGAAAAAAUAUCUUCUGACUCAAAGUACAAUGAAGGAGGAACUGAAAUUCCUAAAUUACAACAAAACGUGCACUAUGAAUCGGUUAACGAGAAUGAACCAAAUAAAAUUAAGUUCGAUAUUUCCAUGGAUUACGAUGAUGAAUUGAUCGACCCUAAAGAAAAACUUGAAUCUAUACCUAUACCCGAAGCAGAUGAUAAAACCACGAAACCAACAGUUAUCCCCGUAAUUUCAGUAAAAAGACGAAAACGAUUAGAGGCUUGCAGUAUAAUAGAGUUAAAUCCACUUAGUUUUAAUAGAUCUUUAACUUUACCAGAGAUUCACCAAACACUUAAAGGUUGGGUAGACACAAGUCCCUUGGUGAAAAUGACUGAUAUUACAGAUGGUAAUUUGACGACGAUGGAGAACCCGAUCCACCUCAUGAUCGUGGACGACCCCAGCAGCGGCCAAUCCCCAACCGCUAAAGAAACUGUCUUGAUAGUUGCAGGUAUCCUGGGUCGGGACCACUACAGCGUGGCGUCGGCCAUGUACCUGCUGCACCAGCUCAUCGACCGCAGCAGCCUCCACCAGGACCUGCUGAGCCACUACCGCUUCUGGGUCAUCCCGGUCUUCAACCCCGACGGAUACGACUACUCCAUGACUUUCCCAGCCCAUCGCAACUGGAAGAAAAAUCUCCGUCAAAACUGGGAAUUGUGCAAAGGACAUGAAAAAAAACUUGAAUCCUGCAAAAUGUGCGAAAAAAGUGGGCUUCUGUGUUUUGUUCAGCCUUGCUAUGGAAUAAACUUAGACAGAAAUUUUGAAUACCAAUGGAUUCCAGCGCACGAGCUACACGCGGAGUACCCGUGCGGGGAGCUGUUCCCCGGCGCUCGCCAGCUCAGCGAGGCGGAGACGCGGGCGCUCGCCACACACCUGCGCGCGCAGCAGCAGCAGAUACACGUCUUCAUAGCGCUCAAGGAAGGAGAUGUGCUGGGCAUCAUGUAUCCGUAUUCUCACACAAAGAAGAAGAGAAACUUGGAUUAUAUUUACAGGAGUCGAGCGUCGGCCGCCGCCAACGCCGUCUACGCCAUCAACGGGCGGCGCUACGUGGCGGGGCAGACCUCCGAGUUCCUGCCGCUGUACGCGGGCGGCAUGGAGGACUGGGUGGACGGGCACCUGGGCGUGGACCACGCCUACUCCGUGCAGCUGUUCCGCCCCACCGACGUGUACGACAACAAGCUCACGUUGGAGCGCGUGGUGCACGAGACGUUCGCGGCCGCGGGGGCGCUGCUGCUAGCCCCCGGGCACCGCCGCGCCCCCCCCGGCGCGCUGCUCGGCGCCCCCGCCACGCUGCGCCGCGCCCCCCGCGUCACCCCCGGCCCCCGCGGGUACUACGCCGACGCGGCGCGACCCACUCGGGGGACAAGGGGACUCAUCGCGGCUGUAAUGCUUCUCAUGUGCCUUAGAAGAUGCUUUUAUAUUUAGUUUGAUAUGGUAGUGAUAUUUGUGUACGUUUUAUGUUUGUAAGUUAAUUUAAUCUUAUCUAAAUAUUGUUUGGAGAAUACUAUAACGAUGACAUAUUG